AUUGUAUCGUCCACCAUUUUCUUGUUCCUGUCUUUGGGUCACAAGCUCAUCAUAUCCCCAACACUUGUUCUUCCUCUUCCUCCUCUUCUUCUUCCUCGGUGAUCGAGUUGGUUGUGGUGAUCGCAUCGAUGGCGGCGCAAGGGGAGGAGGGUGGGCGGCUGAUAUACGCGAUGGUGGCGCGGGGGACGGUGGUGGUGGCGGAGCAGACGGCGUACACGGGCAACUUCCGGGACAUCGCGGCGCAGUGCCUGCAGAAACUCCCCGCCGGCGACAACCGCUUCACCUACACCUGCGACGGACACACUUUCACCUUCCUCAUCCACCACGGCUACGCCUACUGCGUGGUGGCGAGCGAGUCUGCUGGGCGUGAGAUCCCUCUGGCCUUUCUGGACAACAUCAAGGACGAGUUCGUCAGGAGAUACGCCGGAGGCAAAGCCGACACCGCCGCCGCCAACAGCCUCACCCGGGAUUUCGGACCGAAGCUCAAGGAGCAGAUGCAGUACUGCAUGGAUCAUCCGGAGGAGCUGAGCAGGCUGUCCAAGGUCAAAGUCCAGGUCUCCGAGGUCAAAGGCAUCAUGCUCGACAACAUCGACAAGGCCAUCGACCGUGGGGAACACAUCGACGUGCUGGUGAGCAGGACGGAGCAGCUCCACGACCAGGCAGCGGAUUUCAGGACGCAGGGGACGCGUGUCAGGCGCCGGAUGUGGUACCAGAACAUGAAGGCCAGGCUCAUCGUCGGCGGCAUCGUCGUCGCCGUCGUCCUCAUCGUCGUCCUCACCGCUUGCCAUGACAGAUGCCACUAGCUUUAAUAAUGCAGCAUAUCGUUAUUGUUGAGUUUGGCUAAGCUUAGCUUGUACUGUACAGACUUGCAUUGCUAGCUAGCGUUGCUGUUUGUUCUUAAUUCUUCA